UGAUCUCGUGUCACAAGUUAAGUGGCCGCAUUGGUCUUUUGUUCAGCAAAAUUUGUUUGAUCACUGUUUCUUGCAGAUUGUGUUUCAAAGUAAUUAAAAUGUUCUUUGUCGACAGGAGUUGAAGCAAUUGAUGUCUAAAAAUUGAUGAAAUAGACAAAAACCCUAAUUUUUUCAAAACCCUCAAUUACUUCAAUUUUACAAUGGACUGUCUUCCAGAUGAGCGGCGAUAUCUUUACUGGAAUGGGUAUCCGUUGGAAACUUUUCCGCCCAAAGUUUUUCCGAUGGAGCUUGAGCUUGCCUUACACCAUGAUGUAUCUAAAGAUUAAAUCAUUGGAUCAAAUCAUUAAAGGAGGAAGACUUGAAUGUCACUUUCCAAAAUGUGAUGCCAAGGCUUGUAAUGUGGGGUGACAAAUACCAUUUAGAACAUAGUGGAUCAAGUACAUUCCGCACUUUGAUUGUUCGACAUUUCGCAACCAUGUUGAACUCCGUCCCUCGUAAGUUCACAACAUGUCUUCAAAAUCUGGAAAAGCUUUGUGUAAAGAUGUGUGAUUCAUUUAUAUUUAAAUAUGAAGAUGGAGAUGUUGUGACAUUCUCUCACCUUGAAGACAUUUAUCUGGAAUAUCUACCAAAACUUGAGCAUUUAUUCAACAAAUUUACAAUAAAUGUCAUUGGCUUUCAAAAGCUGACAAAUAUACGAGUUGGAUUUUGUGAUAGUUGAGAAGCAUUUUCUCAAGUUCGGUGGCAAAGGGUCUUUUACAACUCCAACUACUUAAAAUAUACAUUUGUAGUGAGUUGACGGAAAUAAUGGUAGAAGAGGAUGAUGAAGAAGAAGAAGUCAAAAUUGUGUUUCCGCAACUAAGAUCUCUGUUUCUUUCUGAUUUAAACAAGCUUACAAGUUUCUGCAAUUGCACCCGUUCUCUUGAAUUCCCAUUAUUACAAGAUAUUGAGAUAUGGCAUUGCUUUGAAAUGAAGACUUUUACUUAUGGAUCAUUGAUUACUCCAAAGCUUGAAAAAGCAAAAGUCAAUAGCGAUGAGUAUGAUUCAUUGAUUGGUGACCGAGAUCUUAAUGCAACACUGAGUCAACGUUACAAACCCAAGGAAGAGGAAACACUUGAAAUUAGAGGAAGUCUACAAGAGGUCGAAGUUGAUGUUAUAAAGGGUACACCUAAUGUGAUAGAGGGUGAAGUUGACAAGGAUGUAUCCGAUCUUACCGAGCAUGAAAUAGAUGUUAUUGAAGAAACAUCAAUUGAAGAAAAUGUUGAAAUCCUUCAGGAUAUCAAAUUUCAAAUUGGGCAAUCUUCAGUUGAAGGAGAAAAUCAUGCUUGAAAAAAGCUAACUCAUGCACAAUAAAGAGGGCGAGGAUGGGCGGCCACUCCCGUCUGCCAGCGAGAUACCCUGAACGUCUGCUCUGCACCUGGGCUGCUGCCGCCUGCUAUCUUGUUGAACCCUACUGAGUGUUUUGGCUUUUUUGUUUGGAUUGGCUGAUUUGAAAAUAAUAAAAUAUGUAUUUUGUUUGUUUGGUGAAACUAUGAAGAGUGGGUUUGAGCCUAAGUUGUGUUUGGAUGGAAACACAAUGGAUGUACUGAAACUGUUCAUAAAAUGAGUAAGUGUGCUUCAAAAUGUGUUGUUGAGCAGUAGCAUUUUUGGUAAAAAGGUGCAAUUUAAAAGCCAAACUUGAGCUACUGUAUUUAUUUAUUUCACUUUGAAAAAAUUGAAUGAUUUUUUUUAAAGAAAAAGGACCAAUAUGAUGUUCGAUUCAAAGAUAAAUAAAGUUUUCUUAGCAUUUCAUGCAUUUACCUCUCUUAUUUUUAGUGAGAUCAUAUGGGCAUGAAACAUUUAUUGUUUUCAUUUAUGAUGUAAUUCAUUUAUGUUUUCUUGUGCUUCUUGAAGAAACAUAAAUGAAUUACAAACUACAUCACACUUGGCCAAUUAUUAUACUAGUUGACUCUCUCAUUUUGUUGUUCAAUAAAUUAAUACUUUUAUUAAUUACUAAUAAACUUCAUGCUUAUCCAAAUCCUAGUAUGAAUUCUCAUCAAGAUGCAUGUCUCUACUCACCAGUCACCAUUGAUUUUAUAUAAUAAUUAUUUUAUCCCUGUCAGAUGCAAAUAUGUUAAAUAUAUUAACUUCUUCUUUUUGUAAAUGUAACAUGUGCAAAGCUCAUUCAAUGAGUUUUAACUUCUUUUGAGAUUUUGAGCUUAGAGGAAGUUUAACAGCAUUCUUUUUUCAUCUAUUUAUAUGUUUGCAUUGAGCAUUGUUACACAGCUGAAGAAGCCAGCCAUGCCUAGACUUCCACUCGAAAUAAUCAUUGAGGUACUUUCAAGACUACCAGUGAAGCCUCUUGUCCAAUUCAAGACCGUAUGCAAGUCAUGGCAUCAUUUGAUAUCUUCUAAUCCUGAAUUUUCUAGGUUACAACUUCAACAAGCGAAGCAAGACUCGAAUGUUCAUCUCCAUAGACUUUUUCUCUCCGCUGAUCCUUUCAUUUCACUAGACAUUGAAGCAUACUGUGAUGCAGAUGAAAAUCUUGUAACAAGAUUACAUAACUUUCCGGUAGUUGACCGAGAAGAUGAUUUUGAAUUUGUGGGAUCUUGCAAUGGUUUGAUUUCUGCAGUUUUUGGUCCUGACAGCCAAAUCACUAUAUGGAAUCCAUCUACCGGACAGUCUAGACGGUUGCCAGCAGCACCAGGUUCGUUUCCAGAUGAUAAGAUGUCUUAUGGGUUCGGAUAUGAUUUAAAGCUAGAUGAUUAUAAGUUAGUAAGAAUUGCAAGCUCCGCUUCUUGUAUUGAAGUUCAAAUGGAAAUAUUUAACUUGAAAGCCAAUACAUGGAGAACAGUUCACAAUUUGAAUUGCUGUGUUCGCUUGCAAGGGGGCUCAAUAGUCGCUCUAAACGGAGUUUUGCACUGGCUAGUUGGUCAAGAAAAUGAAGGUAUGAUGAUCAUAUCAUUUGAUUUGGCAGAGGAGAAAUUUCUUGACAUGAUACAAGUGCCGGAUUAUGUAACUGAAAACUGGGGUAUAAACCCGGGUACCCAGUUAAGGAUUCUACAAGAUAGCCUAUGCAUGUGUUCUGGCUCUCACACAACGAAUUUUGAGGCAUGGAAGGCGGAGCGAUAUGAAACCAAAGUAUGUUGGACUAAGUUGUUCAGUUUCAGCAAUGACCAAUUACCAGGAUGUAAAUAUUGGCUUAAUGUAUUAUCUGUUGCGAAGAACGGCAGUAUUCUGCUUAAUUAUGAAGGAUUGGAAAUUCUCAUUUACAAUCCUAAAGAACAGACUUUGAGAAGGUUUGAUGUACCAAAUGAUUGGCAUUACUUUGAAGCUAUUACAUACAUAGAGAGCCUUGUUUCCCCAAACAGUGUUAACGGAUCCGUGGCUGCGGUGUACGUUCAAGGUUAGCAGGCAAGAGAAUAAAUAAUUGCACAAUGAAACAACUUUUGUAGCCUUUAUUUUCCGUUUUCUGUUCUGUUUUGCAAUUGUGUUUCUGCUUGGUUUUCUGUUUUAUCUGCAAGUAAACAACCAACUGUUCUUUGUUUGAA